UUCCAGGGUGGUGUAAACAAGCUGUAUCAUGGAGUGCGUGAUUAUAACAGAAGUAUUCCAAGGGUUCAUCUUGCUAUGGAGAAAGGAGACACAGUAUUUUUCCACCCUUUGCUAAUCCAUGGCUCUGGAAUGAACAAGACUGAAGGGUUUCGGAAGGCAAUCUCUUGUCAUUAUGCUAGUAGUGAUUGCUACUAUAUUGAUGUGAAAGGUACUUCUCAAGAGAACAUUGAGAAAGAAGUUGUAGAGAUUGCAAAAAAAAAGUAUGGUAUAGAUUCGUCUAUGGCCCUGAAGGAUGCUUGGAGAGUACAAGCUCGUCUUGUUAAAGGAGAAAGAAGAUAUCUUUGAAAUGUCAUUCAGAUACCCAAGGUUUGAAUGUCAUAUGCCGAAUUCCUGGACUGCCUAAGAGAAAAUGUGAUUCUAUACAUAAAUGACUCAGGACUUCUUUUUAGCUUUUUUUGCCAAAUAUUAUAAGUUCAUAAUAAUCUCAAAGAAUUCUGAAACAUAAUUGUAUAUGAAAAGGAAUCUAAUGCU